AUGCGCUCAGCAACCAGCAGCGCCGCCCUCGCCAGGCCCCAGCUUCAACUCACCUCCCUCCUGACGCCGAGAACAUCCGCUUUCCUCCCGUCAAUACGCUUCUCCUCAACAUCCGCCGCCGCCACCGCCGAGACGACGACGACGCCACCGACGAGAACUACAGCCAGACCAUACCUCAUAUCACCCACCCCUUCGAACCAUUUCCCCGUUUACGCGCGAACAAAGGCCGCCGGCUCAUCCAAGUUCACCAUUAUCAAGAAGAUUGAGGGAAACAAAAAGGCCUUUGCCCAGGACCUCGCCCGCGAGGCGGGUUUCGCUGAAGACGAUAUCAAGCUGAACCCCGUGACGGGACAAGUUCAGAUCAAGGGCUUCCAUGUAGAAAAGGUCAAAGAGUGGCUGACCAGCGCAUUGGGUAAACCUUCCAUAAAGGCGUAA